UGGCGCGAGCAAAGCAUCAGCGGUCUUCUGCCAGCCUGCUGACUGGACCCUCUCCCCUUCUCCUCCGCCGCCGCCAUGACGCUUUCCUACGCCGAGAAGCAGCGCAUCCGCGGCAUGCUCGCUGACAAGCAGAGCGCAAAGACCAUCGCGCUGGAGUUUGAGGUCGGCGAGGCGGACGUGCUGGCGCUGGCAAAGCCGAAAGCGGCGCUCUCCGCCUACAUGUGCUUCGCGCGCGAGAACCGCGACGCCAUCUCGCAGGAGGUCGGCGCUACAGACACUUCGACCCUCUCCAAAGUGAUCGGCGAGCGGUGGGGGGAGGUGACGGACCGGUCGCGGUGGGAGAGGCAGGCGGCCGACGACCGCGUGCGCCACGACCGCGAGAUGGCCACCUACCAGGCGGGGCUCAACGCCGAGGAUGCUGCCGAAAAGGCGCGGAUCGCCUCUGCGGCGUCUGGCCCGUCAGACCGCGAGCUGGAGCGCGCGGAGAAGCGGCAGCGGCUGCAGGAGGAGGUGGAGGAGCGGGCGGCGGCGCCUAAGAAAGAGCGCAAGGCCAAGGUGCUCACCCAGGCCGAGCAGACGCUCGUCGCGCAGAACAAGGAGAUUGAGAGCGACAAGGCCAAGUCGGCCAAGCAGCGGCUCAACUUCCUGCUCGGGCAGUCGGACCUGUUCAAGCACUUUGGCCUUGCCAAGGAGGCGGACGCGUCGGCCAAGGCGCGGCACCGGAAGCGCAAGACCGAGAAGGAGGAGGACGAGGAGAUGAUGAAGGACCACAAGGAGGAGGCCGGCGGCGGCGGCUCCUCGUCGGGUGGCUUUGAGGAGAAGGCGCACGAGCGGAGCCGCCGCCUGGCCCUCUGCCCAAUCC